CUCCUGCUCAGUGCUUUAUCAAGCAGGAAAGAAUUUCGUACACCCCUCCAGCGAGCCCGGUUCCAAAUUACACCUCCUCGUCACCACUACAUGUCCCAGUGCCUCGAGCCAUCAGGAUGGAGGAAGACCCGAUCCGACUGCCCGCACACCUGCGUUUGCAGCCCAUUUACUGGAGCAGGGAGGAUGUGGCACAGUGGCUCAGGUGGGCGGAGAAGGAGUUCUCCUUGAGGCCGAUCGAGAGCAGCACUUUCGAGAUGAACGGCAAGGCUCUGCUGCUCCUCACCAAAGAGGACUUUCGAUACAGGUCUCCUCAUUCAGGUGAUGUUUUGUAUGAACUCCUGCAGCAUAUCCUGAAGCAAAGGAAAGCUCGUAUGCUCUUCACACCAUUCUUCCACCCUGGGAACUCCAUCCAUGCUCAGCCAGAGGUUGUAUUACACCAGAACCAUGAUGAAGAUAACUUUGUCCAGAGACCUUCAAGACCAUCCACAGAAUCAGUCCACCACAACCCCCCCACCAUUGAACUGUUGCACCGUUCUAGGUCACCCAUCACCAACAAUCACCGUCCAUCACCAGACCCCGAUCAGUGUCCGCUCAAGUCCCCUAUGGACAACACUAUCCGUCACCUCUCCCCAGCUGACAGGGUGCCAGGAGCCAGGCAUCAGCAAGAGAACAACCACCAGGAGUCCUAUCCUCUCUCAGUGUCCCCCAUAGAAAACAACCACUGCCCACCUCCUUCGGAGGUGCUUCAGAAGCCCUCCAGCCCUCGCCAGGAGAACACCAGGGUCAUCCAGCUGAUGCCCAGCCCCAUCAUGCAUCCUUUGAUACUGAACCCCAGGCACUCCGACUUCAAACCACCCAGGUUCCCUGAGGAUGGGCUGCACAGGGAUGUAAAGCCAAUCAACCUGUCCCACCGGGAAGAGUUAGCUUAUAUGAACCACAUCAUGGUGUCUGUGUCUCCUCCCGAGGACCACGCCAUGCCCAUUGGAAGAAUAGCAGACUGUAGGUUGCUCUGGGACUAUGUUUAUCAGCUGCUUUCUGACAGCCGGUACGAGAAUUUCAUCCGAUGGGAGGACAAGGAAUCCAAAAUCUUUCGGAUAGUGGAUCCCAACGGGCUGGCCCGGCUGUGGGGAAACCACAAGAACAGAACAAAUAUGACUUAUGAGAAGAUGUCCAGAGCCCUACGCCACUACUACAAACUAAAUAUCAUCCGGAAGGAGCCAGGACAAAGGCUUUUGUUCAGGUUCAUGAAGACCCCAGAUGAGAUUAUGAGUGGCCGAACGGACCGCCUUGAGCACCUUGAAUCCCAGGAACUGGAUGAACAAAUAUACCAAGAAGAUGAGUGCUGAAGGGGGCCACGGCAUGGCUGGCACUGUUCGGGAGGGGAAGCAACAACAGUACUUGGGGUCGCCGCUUAGCUUGAAGACCACGCAGGACCUGAAGCACCUUAACAAAAGAAACUAACAGGCAGAAGUGGUGCUGGCAGAAAAGUAAAAGGGAGAAAGCCUGGACUUAUGCACUACUUCACUGUUCCUACAAAGUCUCCCUUGAGUUCUUUCUUUCUUUUUGGUUUGUUUCAGUUUAGGAGGGGGGGUUGUUGGUUUUGUUUUUUUUCCCUAAUAAACAGGCAGUUUGACUUU